CAGUUUUCUGCUACUUUUAUGUCAUUCAUUUUGCUCUUCUUUUUGCUUUUUCUUCUUCACAAGUGAUUCAAAGUUUGGGCUUCUGUUUCUGUUUGUGCUUUACCUGUGUGUUAUACUUUAGAUGGCAUAUGUAGUAUAUGGCAAAGUUUGGGUGUAUGGAGGAUCCAUUGUACAUCUUGAUGAAUCCUGGGAAUAUCUGAUUUUUGUAUGUGGAUCUAGCAAGGAUAUUGUAAUAUCCCAAGAUAAUCUCGUAACCCAGGCAUAACCACUCAAGUUUUCUUUGUAGAACAUAUCUAUCAUCCAUUAAUGUUAUGUUGAUUCAAGUUCAAUCAAUUCCAACUCAUUCUGAAACGAAGAUUAGUGUCUCUCAGCAUGUAUUGGGUACUCUAAAUCGUAACAAAGUUGAGCAUUCGAGUGUCAACAUAGAUCGAGUAGGGCUCGUUUUAGGCUUUUGAUUGGGUUUUUUUGGCAAAGAGCUGCAGAUUAAUGCCUAAAAGAAGAGAGACUGACAGUCUACCAUAGGAGUCAGAAUUGGUUGAUCGUGUCAAUUUCUUUCAAGAAAUUGUUCUUUAGAGUCCAUAAUAUUUUGUUAAUCAUGGGGCUUGACUUAGCUUAGAAGACUAGUGAUUUCUGACAUUGCUUCCUAAUCUGUUUUUACUUGAGUCUCCCAAUUCCUUCAGUUAUUGCCUUGUAGGUAGGUAUGUUCCUUGCAGGUGUCAAACUUGUAGUGUUCGCCGUUCUUCCACUGCUUUGUGACAAUAUGUUUCGCGCAAAGGAGACUGUACAAUUCCUUGACUGCCAAAUCUCAUGUACAAGCCGUUCUAAGAGCUUCCUGUUAAUCUUUGAAAAUUAUUUUUUUGUUAUCUCUCAUGUUUCAAGAAAAUGCUUGAAUUGUUUUUAAUGUUUACAUCGGUUGACUGAUUUCUUAAAGAUGGCUUUCUCUUUGGGUCGAUCGAUGAAUUUUUUCCUAUUUGUUAAAACGCUCAUCGUCGCUAAAUAAAAAUUAUUUCCUGCAACACUUGGUUACAAAAAUAUUGUGGAAGAUGGUGCUUUUGGAGAUGAGAAGUGAAAGCAUUUGUGUCCAUCUGUAAUAUUUUUGGAGUACAUUGCAGAGAAAUCCCAUGUUUGCUAUUUCUGUCUUCAUGGCAUAUUCAUAAGCUGUGGUUAAUAGUCAUUUAACAAGACCACUGGAUGAUAGCACAGGUUGUAGCAGCUGUUACCAUCUGCUAUUGUUUUAUCCUGGGAUUGCGCUCCGUCUUCAUGAUAUUUGUUUGGGGAUGCUGCGGGGGAUUGCAUUUUAGUGACGUCCUCACACUUAAUCUUGAAACCAUGGCCUGGAGCUCCCUCGUUACCACAGGUCAGAAGCCUGGCAGCCGAGACAGUCACAGUACUGCAAUUGUGGGACACAAGAUGAUUGUACUAGGAGGCACCAAUGGCACAAAGAAGGUCAAUGAUCUCCACAUAUUAGAUCUGAGGACAAAAGAGUGGAGUCAGCCUAAUUGCAACGGAACGCCGCCUUCACCGCGUGAAAGUCACACUGCCACGGUCAUAGGAGAUGGCAAACUAUUGAUAUUUGGUGGUAGUGGAGAAGGGGAAGCAAAUUACUUGAAUGAUGUUCAUAUACUAGAUUUAAAGAACAUGACAUGGACUUCUCCAGAGGUAAAGGGAGACCCUCCUGCACCAAGGGAUAGCCACACUGCGAUAGCUAUCGGAGACAAGCUUCUCAUAUAUGGUGGAGACUGCGGCGAUCGGUACCAUGGGGAAGUCGACGUGCUCAACAUGGAGACCAUGACUUGGUCAAGGUUGGCAGUUAAAGGAUCAUCUCCUGGAGUCAGAGCAGGUCAUGCUGCUGUGAACAUAGGGACCAAGGUUUAUGUCAUAGGUGGAGUUGGUGAUAAGCAAUAUUACAGUGAUGUUUGGGUUCUCGAUGUUGGGAUAUGCUCAUGGGUUCAGCUUGAGAUACGGGGUCAGCAACCACAAGGGAGGUUUUCGCACACUGCUGUAGUUACCAACAAUGACAUUGCCAUAUAUGGAGGAUGCGGGGAGGAUGAGCGGCCUCUAAAUGAGUUUAUCAUUCUGCAGUUGGGAUCCGAGCAUCCCAAUGGGCGGUAUAACAUCUCCAUGUGCAAAAUUUUUGGCAGCCACUGGAUUCAAGAGAAGCGAAAAUUUUUUAGGACAGAAAAUUUGCAAACUGCUGUGGUUCCAAAAAAUGGGGAACAGAGUCGUAGAUCCAGUGAAGUGGAAGUAGAACCAAGGAACUCAAUGGCAUUGGAACAUAUGAAUGUUAAAAGGAGGAAAACCAAUGAUGCAAGAGUGUCAGAGAAUGAAUCAGAGCCGGAAGAACAUUCUCUUUCGCUCUCCCAACAUUCGUCUCCAUCGCAAUCUGACCAAGAGCAGAAUAUAGUUCAGAAGCUGUCGACUUCUGCUAAUGACUCCAUUUUGCCUCAACAAUUUGCUCGGGUGAAGCUAUAUAAUCAUAGGGAACCAGUAAAAAAUGUUCAAAGGAGUACCAAGGAUACACACUUCUUGGGUGGUGAAUCUCCUAGGCAGCCAAAGGCCGAGCAGUUCCUUCGUGCCGUGCCACCACUUAGGCAAGAGUGUGUAUUACUAGGAGCAGAACCGAAGCCUCAACUUAGACCUUGUUUCUCUCCCUUGAUUGGAGCUGAAGUUCAUGGAACUGUGGAUGGAGCUUUUGACUCCGGGUACCUCAUGACCGCUAAUGUUAAUGGUCAAAUUCUCAGAGGUGUCUUGUUCAGUCCGGGUCCAGCUGUUGCAGCUCCGAGGCCUGCGAUAAAUUCACAGGGUUUGACUUGCGCCACUGCAAUUUUCCAGCAUUCUCCAAGUCCACAUGCCAUACCUGUUCAUGUCAGGCCACCACGGCAGCCGAUCUCUGGUGUGCUACCUGAAUAUGGUCAUCAUUUGAAGCAAACUCCGCAAGUGCAAGUGGUUAAAGCCCAGCCAGUGAAGUUCAAAGGUGAUAUGCAAGAUGUAGUCCUCACACUGGGAGGACCAGGUGGAGGUGGUCUGUCUUAAAAGUUAUGCAGUCAAUUAAGAUUUUAGGCUUUUGUUUUGUUUGGUUUUGUUUUGCUUUUGUAAAUUCUAAUUUGGAAAAUAAGAUUACAAGUUUUGAGAUGUUAGGCUUGAUGGUUAUUGCUGUAGUUGCUUUCAUUGAAUGCAAAGUAUAAAUCUUGAUGU